CAAAGUUACAAAAUAUCUUUAGAGCUUGUAAAUUCAAUUAUUUAUGUGGUAAAAAAAUUUUAUGCAUAAAAUACAUAUCUACUAAUUAACACUAACACAAUAAUUAUCUAUUUGAUUAUUGAAAAAGAAAAUAAUUUUUGAACACAUACAACUGUCUAUGUCAUAAUGACAUUUAUAAUUUUAUGAAGACUUUUUGAAACGAUUAUGAAUUUAGUACAAAAACAAAUAAUUCUAAAAUAUGGUUCUAGAUGCAUGAUGCAAUUGAUGCCCAAACUGAAGAUAAAUACAGAUGCACAUCCUUUAAAUAGUGACAAAAAUAAAAUAUGGAAUAUUAAAGAGAAAGUUGCUGUGGUAACUGGUGGGGCAGGAGAUAUUGGAGUUGCCAUUGCAAAUGAAUUAUUGAAACACGAUGUGAAAACCGUGGCUUUACUUGAUCUAAAUAAAAAUGAAGGCAUGAAAGUAUUAGAUGAAAUUCGGGCAACCCACGGGUAUGACAGGGUCAUAUUUUCACAUUGUGAUAUAAGUUCAAACCAAAAUUUAAAAGACUGUCUAAAAAUUGUAUCCAAAAACAUUGGUAACAUAGAUAUAAUUGUUAAUGCUGCAGGUAUUUGGAAUGAAUUGGAUUGGGAAAAUGCCAUUCAGUCUAAUUUGUGUGGUGUUAUUUCCACGGGAAUUUUUUCCACAAACUACAUGAACCGAAAUGGAGUAAUACUUAACAUUGCUGGGCUAAAAGGCUUACAACCGUUCUCGCAUUCUCCAAUACUAUCUGCCAGCUCUUCAGGAGUGAUUUCAGCAUCAAGAUGUUUCGGUCACAAGAACAACUUUACAAAAUUUAAAAUUCGAUUUUUAUGCCUCUGUUUAGGAAUAACGAAAACAAAAUUUUUAAUCGAAGCCGAACAAAAGCAACUCACCCCCGGAAUGGGUCAAGAACUUCAACAUUACUUAAAAUCUGCUCCGAUGCAAACCACUGACGUCCUAAAGGUUGCAGCUUUGCGAAUGAUAAAAUAUGCAGAAACUGGUUCUGUUUGGGUUUGUGAGGAUGCCAAGUUGUACUCGUUGGAUUUACCGAACUGGAAGUGUUUUGCCAAUAUGGAAGCAAGAUUUGUUUAGUAGACUUUUAUAUUUAAUUAUACAAUAGUAUUCGUAAGCAUGUAAGUUUUGUGUAUCAGAGUUAUUACUCUAUAAUGAUGGAAAUGUAUUUUUAUAAAUUUUAGUCCAAAGCUGAAGCACGAGGCUAUAUAAUACUUAUAUGUAUUCCUUUAAUUGAUUAUACCUGUGAACUAUUAAUAAAUUAUUAAGAUAA